AUGCCAUCGGAAACCGUUGCAGUAGCACCCUCACUAUCAACUUAUCAGGAUGAUUCAACAUUUUCAUAUGACAAGGUGAAUUCAACUAAGCACAAAAGACAACACUUAAAACUAAAUAAAGCAGAUGAUUAUACCGAACUAGUUGAAAAGAUAACUGAAUAUUAUUCCAUAGAAGAAUUAAUCAAAGUGUUAAAGAAUUCAAAAUAUGAGAAAAUAACUUUGCAAUUUCCAGAUGAAUUAAUAUGUGACUCUGCUACGAUCGUUCAUAUUCUACAAGAACAACUACCGAACUUGAAAUUUUGGAUUUUAGCAGAUACGUCAUAUUCUUCAUGUUGUGUGGAUGAAGUUGCGGCAGAACAUGUAAAUAGUGACUUAGUUAUACAUUUUGGGGAUGCUUGCUUGAAUGAAGUUGCAAAAAUUAAUGCAAUCUAUGUGUUGGGAAAACCUGAUAUCAAUCUAAAUGAAUUAGUAAGCCAGUUUAAAGAAAAAAUUGAUAAAGAUGAUAGAAUUGUCUUGAUGGCAGAUGCUCCUCAUACACAUAUUCUACACGAACUCAAAAAGAGACUACGAGACUAUUCCAAUAUUAUCUUAGCCGACUUGAUAGUGGGUUCUACAAAAAUAAUUGGAUAUCAACCUACCACCAAUUUUUCACAUACUCAAUUUAACAGAACAUUUUCAAUUGAUAAAUUACUGGACUAUAAUUUAUUUCAUAUAACUAAGCCCGAAGCACCAAGACUACUACAAUUAUCAACAAAUUUUGCAUCUGUGACGACGUAUGAUCCUAUCACAAAUAAAAUAUUGCAAGGUCCUUUCCCAAAUUUAAUGAGAAGAUAUAGAUAUGUUCAUAUGGUACGAAGCUCUGGUACUAUUGGAAUCUUGGUAAACACAUUAUCGUUAUCCAAUACCAAACAAUUGAUAAAUACUAUAAAAUCAAAAAUAACACAAGCUGGUAAGAAAGCUCAUAUACUAGUUGUUGGUAAACCAAAUGUUGCAAAAUUGGCUAAUUUUGAUAGCAUUGAUAUUUGGUGUGUGUUGGGAUGUGAUCAUAAGGGGAUAAUAAUUGAUCAAACGAAUGAAUUUUAUAAACCUAUUGUUACACCUUAUGAAUUAUUAUUAGGGUUAAGUGAUGAAGUGACAUGGACUGGUAGAUGGGUAACUGAUUAUAAGACUGUUAUUGAUGAAUACAGGAGAGAAGGAGAAGAACAUGAAUUUAAAAAUGAAAAUGAAAAUGGAGAGACCAGCUCAGAUGAAGAACCCGAAUUUGAUCCAGUCAGGGGCCGAUAUGUAAGUACUUCGAAACCUUUAAGACAAAUCCAUCACUUGUCCAUAAAAGAUGCAAGUGAAAACGAUCAAACUGAAAAUGCAUUAGCUGAGAGGCUCUCCAGCAAAGUAGCAAUUAGAAAUACAGUAAGUACAUCAGCAAUGCAUCUACAAAAUAGACAUUGGACAGGUUUGGGUAGUGAUUACAAAAAUAAUGCGGACUCUGGUGAUAGUUCUGAUGAUGAUGACGAGGGAGCAAUAGUGCAAGAGGGAAGACAAGGAAUUGCUAGAGGUUAUGAUUAUGAUAUAGAGAAUAAAUGA